AUGUCCUCUUCUUCGCUAAACAACUUAAUUCUAUUCUCACCCCCUACAUACCCAGCCCGCCUCCCCACCAGAAGCGCCCAGCCCACCUCCCCACCAGAGGCACCCAGCCCACCUCCCUACCAUCCCUCCCCGCUAGCAGCACCCAGCCCACUACCCACUGUCCCUCUCCACCAGUGGCACCCAGCCUGCCUCCCCACCAUCCCUCCCCCACCGACGGUGCCCAGACCCACCUCCCCACCAUCCAUCCCCACCAGCGGCGCCCAGCCCACCCCCUCACCAUCCCUCCCACCGGCCGCGACCAGCCCGCCUCCCCACCGUCCUUUCCCAACCGGCGGCGCUCAGCCCACCGCUUCGUUCCGCCAUUCCCUGAAGAUGUACAGCUGUUUCUGCAGUUUACAGUGUCCUUCAGGUGUCUGUAUUUCUUUUGGAGGUUCUUCAGAUGCCACAGCAAUUUCUCAUUCGCUCCUCGCAGUUGUCGAACCUCAUCUUCCAGCUGGUUCUUCCGUUCUCCCUGGGCACCGACCUUCCUCUCCAGCGAAUCGAGGCAACGAUCUCGUUCCUCUAGCAGGGAUGUCAGCUCGUUCCUCUUGA